CUCACGUGACUUAGAAAUGGCGGCAGGAAAUAGUAAACAAAAGGCUCUAUUCAGUCAGACAUUCAUAUACGGGAAUUUUACUUUUUGUUAACAGAUGGAUAUCAAGAAAGAGAUCAGAGAUCUAAAUGAUAAAGGAUGGAAGCUUGUAGAAGAGGGACAGUUUGGAGAGGCAAUUAGAAUGUAUGAAAAAGCUAGAGAAAUGGCAGAACAACAUUUGGAAGUAACAGAUGGACUGAGACUGGCAGUUCUUGGUAAUCUGGGGGACACAUACAUUGCUAAUGGAGAAUAUGUGAAAGCACAAGCAAUUCUAGAAAAUCUUUUAUCAGUUGAGAGAAAACAUCCUGAGACACAUAAUCUCUUACUAGCUGCCAAACACGUCAACAAAACUCUCGGUUACGUACUUGCUGCGUUUGGUGUCACCAACGUGACAAAUGAAUGUGGGGUGAACGUCUUGAAAGAGGAAGCCGAGACCUUGUAUUUUCUGGGGCAAUGUUACUUUUGUCAAUCCAAGUAUGUUGAUGCCACAUCAUUAGUGGAGGAGUGCUUGUUAAUACGACAGAAACACCUUCCAGCUAAUGAUGUGAAUGUGGCCAAGACUGGUAGACUACACAACAAUGUCAGUGUGCAGGCUAUGAGGCUGCUUGGUGGCUGUUUUAUGAAACAAAAGAAACUGUCUGAAGCAGAAAGAUUAUUGAGACAUUCACUUGAGAUCAUGAAAUCUGCUCACACAAAAGAUCAUCGUGAUCUUGCAACUGACAUGAGACAGUGUGGGCUUCAAUGGGGCAACGUGCCAAGUUGUGAGGUACUUAUGAGCAAUGGGUUAACCAGAGUGGUCGGCUCACACGCUGAGCUUCAACAAUGCCUUCGACCUGAGGAAGGUGACGAGUUGGUUUGUGUGCGACCCGAACUCUUCUUCAACAACUGGAUUGCAAAGUUGCUCCUAAAAUCUGAAAUAGAUCAAAUUAAACAUGAUGGUCGGCAUCUGUGUCAAGGUGGUUGGCGUCUGGGAGCUCAGUUCACACUUGCUCAGUGUCUGAACCUACAAGGUAAAGUAAGUGAAUCAAUCAAGCUGAUGACCGACUGUGUCAGGAUGUUCAAAUCAAGUCUCCAUCAUGAACAUCCUUAUGUGGCUAUGGCUGUUGGUCAACUGGGACUGUAUUUAAUGGAAGUAGGAAACUUGGAUGAGAGCGAACAAAACUUGAGAGAAUGUCUGGACAUACGCAGACAUUCACUCCAAGAGAAACAUCCUGAUACAGCAUUUUCAUUGAAACAUUUGGGUGCAUGUCUGAUGAAAAAAGGGAACAACAAAGAAGCAGAGAAACUUCUCUCUGAAGCUGUCGACAUUGAAGCAGUUGCUCUCCAUCAAAAUCACCCUGACAAAAUCUCCACCUCGCAACAGCUGGGAGAGAUCAGAGUAAUGCGUCUACUAAGGAGACUGAGCCCAUUCCAACGGCCACAAUCUGGCGAGACAAUUAUUGGUGAAGGGAAAGCAGAAGAAGUAGAACAGACAGAUGAGAGAGGAAAUAGACUUGAGAGAAAGUCAUGGAUUGAGGAUGAGGGUGACGAUCAUUCUGAUCAAUCUGCACCCACAAUGGAAAAUCUUGACAUUUCUGAUCUGUGCCACCCAUUGUGGGUGGGUGGUACAUUGGAAGUGUUGCACGUUGGUAGCAGUGAUGGCUUGUCAUUCCAUGAGACGAUCGGCAGUGAGGGAGGAGAGCUGAGUGCUGGCAGUGUGAGCAUUUCUGUUCCAGCGGGUGCCGUUCAAUCACCAACACAAUUCUCCAUUCAUUCAUUCAUGCAUGAUAAGUAUAUGCCUCCUGUCUCUGCUAGUGGCUACCAAGUGGUCAGUCCAGUUAUUUUUCUUGGUCCUCAUGACGUCUCAUUCAGCAAGCCAAUCAAAGUGUGUAUCAACACCAUAGCUGAUGUGACUUCAGCAGGCGGGUCGUUCACUCUGAUGAGAUGUGAAUCAAGACUCAAUGAGACGAAGUGGAGAUGGCGUGGUGUGGUAGUGUAUUCUCCUGAUACUCGGGAAGUGCAGUCGCACAUUCCAUUUGAUCCCAACAGCUGGUCAGUAGAGGUGACCAGUUUUAGUUGGUGGGUGUGGCUUGUUAGUUUUAUUAAGAGCCCAACCAUUUUAUUCAGAAGGAAGAUGGGAUGUGUAGUUCUUGGUCGAAGUCUUUCUUCUUGCAAAUGGUCAUUAUCUGUGCAUCUUUUCAAUUCAUAUGAAGAAAUUGGUCAGAAAAUUAUUCGUGACCAUCAAGGACAUGUAUCAUUGCCUGCUAUCCAGCUCUGUCCAGUAAAAGAAUUUAAUAUUUACUAUGAAGGUGACGUAGUUAUGAAGCCUCAACUUGGUCCAGAAUGGUCAUUGUGUCGAGGUGAUGCAGAAGUUCAGUAUCCAACUAAAUAUUUGUGGGAUCAACCAUUUGAUCUUGAUCAUUGCUUUACAUUUGUUGUUGAAAUAAAUGGCCCUCGUCCUGAUAGUUUAGUUGUUCCUGUUCGUGUUGAGUAUAUCAGACAAGGUGAAGUGGACUUCACUCUGGAACUGGAAGCAGUUCACAAACUGUCCAAAUCAGCUGAUUCAUCAAAGUCCAGUUUACCUUCUCACUCUCCUUCUCUUCCAGAUGAGGAACAGGAAGCAUUCUACUUCUGUAGUAAAGAGGGUCUACAUUCUUCUGGCUCCACAUCUUCAUCUACAGCAGCAAGUGAUAGAACUUCAUCGCAAAGAUCAAUAAUGCGACAGUGUGCUGAUGUACACACAGUCAGUCAAUGUGAUGUCAGUGCCACGUGCAGCAAAGUUCAAGAGAAAAGCUCAUUGCUAGUUCGUCUUCCUGUUGGAAGUGAAGUUCCUUACACAGGAUGUACUUUGCGGUACAUAGAUACUACAGGUCAGACAGUUGAAGAAGUUCCAGGAGAAAGGCUGGAUAGUCGUACAAUAGAAACUGUUACUCCUGCUUGGCCACAUGCUGAUCGAGUGGAGAUACACAUAUUUUCUUCAGAUGGACAAACUCGUCUCGGAUAUUUUGUACACGUUUUCAUUGACCCGUCUGCAGAGAUGUUACCUCAUAUUGUCAAUGAUCAUGAAGAUGGCAGCAGCAUGCUAUCGGAAGCAGUAGACCAAGAGACAAACAAAGUGGAAACAGAGCAACAAAAGAGACUAGAGUCAAGUGCAAAGAGCAAAUGCACAGACAAAGAGAUGUUGUAUGUGACUGGUAAAGUCACUGCUUGUUGGCAGGAAUUUGUAUCCCAUCUAUCACCAACCUUCUUCACUAUGGACAGAAUAGAUAUAAUAAAAGGUAAUUACCAUAAUAAUUUAUUUGCACAGACUAAAAAGGCAUUGGACAUGUGGAUGAAGAAAUGUGGCGUCAAAGCCACUCGAUUCUCAAUUAUCACAGCAAUGUGUGAUAUCAAUCGCCGAUUGCAGGCAGAACGUAUUUUUGGCUGCGACUUGGUGGAGCAUGUUUGUCCAUCAAAAUGACUGCAUUUGUACAAACUUUAUUUCUAUAACGUUUUAUAUAUUAUUCACGUUAUCAUGAACUCCAAUUAUCUUGUUUUAUUUACACACGUUCUGCUACUUGUUCUACCACGCGUCCUUCUCUCCACUUGCCUUGUACAUUGUCAGUACAAUGAAUGUGUUGUAUGUACCAAUAUGUGUGGGUGUGGUAGUCGUUGUCUCAUACCCUAACAGUAACUCAUGCUCAAGUACUCGUAGUGUUAAAACCAGAUCUAUCCCUAUGAUCUUGACUGCACAAAUUGGCUCCUUUCUAUCCAUCACAAAAUGGCAAUUGAAGAGCAACGAUAAUCGGAUGCCCAGGCACUGAUGUAUCCAGUU